AUACCCCAGACCAGACCUUUUUCUUUCACAUUUUCUCAGAAAUUUAUCCAAAUACCAAACACACAAACACAAUACACACACACACACAAAGAUUUAAAUCGUAGCAAUUGAUAAUUGGUCCUGGCUGUGGCAUGACAUCACAGUAACACAUCAAGCAAAACCACAUGGUCCACACUAUGGAUGACGAAACUCACAUGGACUUGCAGGAUCAAAUUAAGCAACAGGGCGAUCUCGUUAGAAAAUUAAAAUCCGCUAAAGCAGACAGUACUCAGGGCUCCGGAAAUUCAAAUUUAAAUUCAAAACUCCACGAUAUUAAUUUAAAAUUAUCUAGAGUAAGUUUCAUUGGUGGCUGGUCUCCUUGUAAUCAAGAUAUUAAAUUAUUUAAUAAAUUUAAUUCAUUAUUUACUAACAAUAAUAAUAAUACUGAUCGCUGGCCGCAUAUUAAACGUUGGCUUGUCAACAUAAAAAGUUAUUCAGCCGCUGAAAGCUCAAAAUUUCCCAUAGUCAAUGACACUAAUGAUCCUCUGAUAGAAUUAGCCGUCAGUAUUUGCUCAGAUGUCAUCACUUCUGAUGGUCAUCUUGACCAGAAGAUCAAUGAGGAAGUUGCCAAGUUGCUGGAACUCAAAGCGAAGCUCGGAGAUGGAGAUGCUGGCCCCCAAAAAUUCACGCUCAAGACACCCAAGGGCACGAGGGAUUACGGUCCAGAGCAAAUGGCUUUGAGGCUCGGGGUUUUAGAUAAAAUCGUUGAUGUAUUCAAGCGUCAUGGUGCUGAGACCAUCGACACUCCGAUAUUUGAACUGAAAGAAGUACUGACAGGCAAAUACGGAGAAGAUUCAAAAUUAAUAUACGACUUAAAAGAUCAAGGCGGUGAAAUUUUAGCCUUGAGAUAUGACUUGACGGUACCGUUUGCUCGUUACUUAGCGAUGAGUAAAAUAACAAACAUUAAAAGAUAUCAUAUUGCUAAAGUUUACCGGCGUGACAACCCGGCAAUGACCAAAGGACGUUAUCGUGAAUUUUAUCAGUGUGAUUUUGACAUUGCCGGUCAAUAUGACCCGAUGUUGCCAGACGCUGAGUGUGUAAGAAUAGUCUCUGAGGCGCUCACUGCUCUAGACAUUGGAGCGUUUGUCAUAAAACUUAAUCACCGGUGUCUCCUGGACGGGAUUUUCGCAGCUUGCGGUGUGCCCGCUGAUAAAUUCCGUACGAUAUGCUCGUCGGUUGAUAAACUGGACAAAAGUCCGUGGGAAGACGUCCGCAAGGAGAUGAUUGAGGAGAAGCAAUUGGACGGAGAGAUUGCUGACAAAAUUGGCGGAUAUGUUUCUAAACGUGGAGACGCCAAACUUAUCGAAGAGCUCCGACAGGAUGAGCUUUUAAUUAAACAACCAGCUGCUAAACAGGGUCUCGAUGCUAUGGAGUUGUUGCUUAAAUACUGCGAUCUAUUUAAAGUUUCUGAUAAAGUUAUCUUUGACUUGAGUUUAGCACGUGGACUAGAUUAUUAUACUGGAGUUAUUUACGAAGCUGUUUUAACUGACAGUGAAGUAGGAAGUGUAGCAGGUGGUGGCCGUUACGACAAUCUCGUAGGCAUGUUUGACGCGAAAAAGAAAAACGUACCUUGUGUAGGAGUUUCUUUGGGCGUCGAAAGAAUAUUUAGUGUCCUAGAGAAUCGUUUAGCUGAGAAAGGGCAGAAAACCCGGACCACCCAAGUUCAGGUCUUUGUGGCAGCAGCUCAGAAAAAUUUACACGAAGAGCGAAUGCGCAUUCUCGUAGAGCUCUGGGACGCAGGACUCAAUGCCGAGCAGUCGUACAAAAAAAGCCCGAAGAUCCUGGCCCAGCUCCAGCACUGCGAAGACAACGGCAUACCCUUGGCUAUUAUUAUCGGGGAGAAAGAGCUCGCACGUGGUGAAGUCACUCUCAGAGAAGUCGGUACCAGAGCUGAGCAUUCCGUCCCUCGUGCGAAUCUCGUCCAGGAGAUUAAAAAACAUCUAGCUAAAUAAGUUUCUGCAGUAAAAUUUUUCAUGCAUUUUUUUUUUCUUAAUAAUUUUUUAAAUAAAAUAAAAAAUAACCGGGACACUAGAAUAAAAUGGAACUAGAAAAUUUAUUACUAACAUAAUUUAUUUUGUCACAAACUUUUUUAAAAUAAAAAGUUACCGCAAAAAUAAUAAUUAAUUUUUUA